CGGCGGGCCGCCCACUUCCGCCGGACGCGCGGCUCGAGACGAAUGGAGGCGGCGCGGAGGCCGCGGUUGGGGCUGCGCCGCCGGAGGCCGUCCUCGGGGGGCGGUGGCCGCGCGGGGCCCCUCCCGGAGGACGGAGGCGAGUGCGCGCGGCCGUGGGCGGAGCUGCUGCGCGCUGCGAGAGCGGAUCUGAACCCCGACGGAGAGCUGCCGCCGCUGCCCGCCUUCCCCGACCCGGAAUCUGGACGCGGUCCCGAGCGUGCCGCGUCCCCCGAGGUGUUCACCGUGGGACCCCACAGCUUUUCCUGGACGCCCUUCCCGCCGGCCCCGAGCGGAGGUGGGGGCUCAGGGCGUUGCUACAAGCUGCUCCUUGGGGCCGGGGGGCGCCCGGGGUCCCCCGCCCGGUCCCCGCAGCGACGUCUGGGGCCUGAGCCCCGCGGGACCCCCGGCGCCCGGGAGCGACCGUGGGAGGCGGCGCCGACCCUGCGGACCUGCCCCAUGUGCCAGACCGACUUCGCCCCCGGGCUGGCCCAGCUGGACAUCGACAACCACCUCGCUCAGUGCCUGGAGGAGAGUGCAGAGGACGUGGUGUGGUGACUGACCUGCGUGAGCCCCGUGGGCCGAGGCCCUGACUCCACCUGCCAGAACCGUUUUGGAAGCUGCCUAUUAAAAAACGUGUCCGUGUG